CGCAAUGUCCCGUUUGCUUCGAGCCGCUGGCACUGCUAAAAGGUUAUUUCACAAGGCGCUGCACUGGUGCCUUAGCGGUCGGUCGGACGCAACGCGGUUUCUCGGAUGCAGCUCAACGAGCAAGCCUUACCCAUACGCGUGCGCCUCCCGACGACCGGCGAACGAGCAGGGCAUUCCGCAACUUCAGCGUGGGUUCACGGACUCGGCUGGUAUGCCCCAUGAUGCCGCUGGAGCUGAAACAGGGUCAUCGCGUAACAAGUCCAUCCAGUCACAAGCAGGAUCCAGCGUUCCGACGCUGGAGCCGCACUUGUACGUCUCGGCCAAUACGUUCCAGAAGCGCGAUAACCUACUCGUGCUCGACCUGCUAAACACGGCGUUCCGGCGCGCGCCCAGCGAGGACCAACAGUUCCUGGACGUCGGCUGCGCCGUGGGCGACUUCACGCGCGACGUGCUGCUGCCGCGUAGCUCGCCUUGCUGGCGCAUCGUGGGCACGGACGUGUCGAGCUCCAUGAUCGCGUACGCGGAGCGCUUCUACGCGCAUCCGCGCAUCACGUACGACGUCCUGGACCUCUCCCACGACGUGUUGCCGUUCGUGGAACGGUACGGCCGCUUCGACCGCGUCUACUCCUUCUUCUGUCUCCACUGGAUCCGCGACCAAGUGGGCGCGCUGCGCAACAUCCGCAACCUGAUGGCGCCCGAGGGAGAGUGCCUGCUCCAGUUCUGCGCGCGCACGCCUGUCUAUACGCUCUGGAGAGACUUUGCUCUCAUGGAUCGCUGGAAGAAUCGCAUAUCGAACAUUGAAGACUUCAUACCGCCUAGUCAGGACGCAGAUGACCGGCUCUCUUAUUUGGAAAACAUUCUGGCUGCCUCUGCACUGAGACCACAUACCUGCGAAGUGCUACGGAAUGUGUGGACAUUUCCUAGCGAACAGCACCUUGCAGGUUCUAUCUCGGCCGUGCUUCCUGUAGCAGAUGGUGUUCCUGAGAACGAGAGGCAGGAGCUGACUGAGGCCAUGUCUGCUGAGAUGUUGCGCCGCUGCCGCAAGGGCCCCGGAGGGUUCAGCGCCGAGUUUGACGUCUAUGUUGUGCACGCAUCCCGAUCUGCUACCUGUCGUUCCACACAAUGAUCGACGAUGCACAACUAGUUGAAUUCAAGAGAGAGCGGCUGGUCGCACCCCUGUGACACAACUUUGCACGCUCAUCGCUGAACGAGUACUCAUGUACAACAACUUAAAUAUGCAUGUACUAACCAUUGUAGUUAAUGCAGAUGUUUGCAGCAACGAACCAGUCAUUCAGGAAUGAACCUUUGAAAAUGGCUCCCCUUUUACUCUAUCUAUUCUGACCAAUCAUGUAUUGUGUGGCCCCUCAUAUGCCAUAUCUCGUAUCCCAUUUGUUGCAAAAAUAUCCUUGACUCACCGUUUUACUGUAUAAGCUGUGUUGCGACACAUGUACUGUAUUUUAAUGCGCCACAUAUCGACUUUGAUGCACUGUGCUGACAUCCCUUGUACUUGCUUCCACAUAAACAAGGCACAUUCUUUCCAGCUAUGGCCAACUCAUUCAUUAACGCUGUAGUCUCGUGAAAAUA